AUGUUUGCUCAGUGCCACGGGCCAGUCUGGCAGAAAGACGACUUCUCCAACUGCUUUGAGCGAGACUUUCUACAAACCCUAUUUCCGCUCCUGGUGUGCGCCGUAUCGCUGAUCUACCUCUCCAUCCAAGUAUACCGGGAGGCGAAACAGUCGAAACACUACCAAGCGUACAAGGCACUGAACAGUGUGCAUCACGUAUGUUCUGUACAUAUCCCAGCGGAUCAACAAAAUGGCAGUGCAUCCUACCACGACGACACAGGUAGCGACGAUGAGUUUGAGCGUAAUGAGCACCUCGCACUACACCCAGCCCGCAGUCGAACGAACGAGUCUAUGAUCCAGGUUGACAAACCACGAGGCGAAGUCUUUUUGGUCGUGGUGGAAGAGCUAGCUGUCUUGGGCGAACUUGCAAUCCAUGUUGCUGUGUUAAUAACCGGAGCAUGGGGUCACAAGGGAACGGCGGCAGCGGUUGCAGGUGUGGUAGUCUGGACAUAUGUCGCUACUCUUGCUUCGGCACGUCUACUACUUUCGAGCUCGAGUCGUUUCACAUUUCCGCGGCUCUGGUACCACACAGCCUUCAUAUACGCCUUUCUGUGGGUCUUCACGGUUUUACUUUUUCGCUCAGCAAUAAUACAUCCUCGAUCAAGGCUUGCACAAGUCCUGAUGAUUUCUGACUUCACGCUGGUCACCCUUCUGGGUUUAAUAGCGUCCACUUCACGGAAAGGCAACAAAACUGUAGAGCUAGAGUACGAGGAUAACCUGGAAACAUCAAAAGAGCAGACUGCAAGCGUAUUAUCUCUGGCUAUCUUUGGGUGGGUUGAUGCAAUUGUCUGGAAAGGAUACAAGAAGACGUAUGAGCUAUCUGAUGUAUGGAACCUUGCGCCGAAGGAUAAGGCGGCCGCAAUUCUCUCAGACUACCGACAGCUUAAAAAGACGAACACCCUUGCGUAUCACUUACUAAAGUACUUCCGAAGAGGUCUUCUCAUUCAAGCUGCGUGGGCUGCGUGCAGCGGUUUCCUGACUUUCGCGCCCACGCUCUUACUCAAAGCCAUCCUUGAGUAUGUGGAGAACCCCGAUUACACGCCGCGGAACGCCGCCUGGUUUUUUGUUAUCCUCCUUUUUGUGUCCGGAUGUGCAUCUGCCCUGGCAGACGGCCAAGCGCUGUGGAUCGGACGAAAGAUUUGUAUUCGGCUUCGAGCUGUGAUCGUUGGAGAGAUUUACUCAAAGGCUCUGAAGCGCAGAGCAGCGGCAGGUGCCGACAAAGUACUUGGAGAGAAAAAAGAAAAGCUAGACGAGCCAAAAAGGAACCUGAUGAAAAGGGCAAUGUCUUUCCGCCGCAAGAAGAAAACUGAGAACGGCAAGACGGACGGUAGCGCGCCACCAGAUGAUUCCAGCUCUCAAGUUACCUCGGGAACUAUAAUCAACCUCAUGGCUGUCGACUCUUUCAAGGUUGCGGAAAUCAGCGCUUAUCUCCACUUCUUGUGGGCGAGCGCACCCGUGCAGGUCAUCGUCGCCGUUAUCCUCCUUUACAGGAUACUAGGCUACAGCUCGAUUGCUGGAAUCGGUAUGAUGGCUUUCCUUCUGCCGAUAAACCUUCUCAUCUCCAAACGCUUCGCGGCCAUUCAGAAGAAGAUCCUCGCGGCGACCGAUGCACGGAUACACACGACGAAUGAAGUCCUGAACAACAUCCGAAUCAUUAAGUACUUCGCGUGGGAGCAGCGCUUUAUGGGUCUCGUCAGUGAGAAGCGCUCAACCGAGCUGAAGCAUCUCCGUAUGAGAUACACAUGGUGGGCGAUUGCUGCAACCAUCUGGUCAGGAACACCAAUUCUAAUCACCUUCCUGUCAUUCUUCAUCUAUACCGUGGUAGAGAAGAAAGCUCUCGUUCCGUCCAUUGCGUUCACCGCGUUGUCGCUUUUUCAGAUAUUGAGGAUACCUCUAGACCAAAUCGCCGAUAUGGUUGCGCAUGUCCAGGAAUCCAAGGUGUCUGUGGAUCGUAUCGAGGAGUAUUUGAGCGAGCCUGAAACCGAGAAGUACAAGCAGCUGAAGAACGAAUCAGUGGAUGAGGACGGCAAUCCUAUCAUUGGAUUUGAGCAUGCCACCUUCUCCUGGGGCGGCAGGGAUCUCGAAGAUAAGGACGCCGCAGACGCCUUCAAGCUGAUGGAUCUCGACGUGAAGUUUCACAGUGAUCAAAUGAACGUUAUCGUCGGGCCAACGGGGUGUGGAAAGACGUCGAUGCUCAUGGCUCUGCUCGGCGAGAUGACCAAGCUUGAAGGCAACGUCUAUUUACCAGGCGCGCGCAGUCGAGAAGAUCUGAAGCCCGACCCAGACACCGGUCUGACAAACAGCGUGGCCUACUGCGCUCAGCAAGCAUGGCUCGUCAACGACACCAUCAAAGAGAAUAUCCUGUUCGCCAGCCCCUGGGAUGCGAAGAGAUACAAAGAUGUCAUCGUCGCAUGCUCUCUUCAGAGGGACCUCGAAAUUCUGGACGAUGGAGACGAGACACUUGUGGGUGAGAAAGGUGUUACCCUUUCUGGCGGCCAAAAACAACGCAUUUCUCUCGCACGCGCACUGUACAGCAGAGCUCGCCACGUACUGCUCGACGAUGUGCUGAGCGCCGUUGACUCUCACACAGCGAAAUGGAUAUUCGACCAGGCCUUACUCGGCUCGCUGAUGUAUAACAGAACAUGCAUCCUCGUUACUCACAACACCGCACUGUGUCUACCGCACUCGGAUUUCGCAGUUGUUCUUGACAACGGUAAAGUUGUCGCUCAAGGAUCGCCAACCGAAGUCAUAGACUCCGGCAAAUUGGGCGAAGACCUCUCUAAAUCCAGACCGACGUCUAAAGCACCGUCUAGAGUACCGUCUAGGGUGCCAUCGGAUGUCGGCGGCGAAGAGUGCUUUGGGGAGACGACCCGGCGCGAUUCUGUUAAUGGCCACAUCAAUGGCCACAUCAACGACGCUAACGGCUCCUUGGAUGCGUCGAAGAAGCCUAAGGGAAAAGAUGCGCAAACAGAGACCAAAGCCGAAGGAAGCGUUAAUCUUAGGAUCAUCUUUCUGUAUCUUCGGGCUAUGGGACCCUGGUAUUACUGGCUUGUUGCUGGUUCUGCGUUCAUAGCCCAGCAGAUUGCGUCUGUGGUGACCAACGUCUGGAUACGUGAGUGGGCGAACUCCUACACGACAAAGGGAAUCAGCGUCCUUGACGCUCAUGCGAAGUCGCCCCUUACCCACAUAGGCACACUUAGCGGUCUGGGGUCAUGCCUCACUAGUGGUACAUGUGUAUGGAACUUGCCACUGUCUUCAAACCACCAAUCUCCACACAACCAGCUGGAUAUCUACCAGCUCUCGCUUGCGUCAGACAGCAACGACGUCGACUCCGGCUACUACUUGGGCGUGUAUGCGGCCCUCGGCCUCGCCUUCAUGUUCAUCACUUUAUUUAGGGAGGGAAUCCUGUUCGGAGGUUCGCUAGCAGCAUCCCGACGGGUCCAUCAACGUCUCAUGGAGUCAGUAACUCAUGCAAAAUUCCGAUUUUUCGACUCAACGCCUCUCGGCCAGCUCAUGAAUAGGUUCUCAAAGGACAUUGAGUCUGUCGACCAGGAGAUUGCUCCAGUAGCAGUUGGUGUUGUGCACUGCUUUGCUUCCAUUGUCACAAUCAUCGUCUUAAUCUCGGUCAUCACGCCCGGCUUCCUCGUUGCAUGCGUGUUUAUCAGCAUCCUCUAUUUCCUUAUUGGCAUGUUCUAUAUCAACUCUUCUAGAGAUCUCAAGCGACUGGAAUCGGUCCAGCGAAGCCCGUUGUACCAACAAUUCGGGGAGACCCUAUCGGGUAUGACAACUAUACGUGCAUAUGGAGAUGAGCGCCGAUUCAUCCGGGAGAACCUGACGAAGGUCAACACACACAGCCGGCCGUUUAUCUACCUUUGGGCGGCAAACAGAUGGCUCGCUGUCCGGGUCGAUAUCGUUGGUGCUCUUGUCGCCUUCUUUGCCGGAGUCUUCGUCGUGCUCAGCGUGGGUCGCAUCGAUGCGGGCGCUGCAGGUCUUGCCAUGACCUACGCCGUUACCUUCACGGAGAACGUUCUGUGGUUCGUGCGGCUCUAUGCUUCCAAUGAGCAGAAUAUGAACUCAGUCGAGCGCAUCAAAGAGUAUCUGGAUGUGGAGCAGGAAGCCGCGCCGAUAGUACCGGAGAACAGGCCACCAGGCAACUGGCCAAGCAAGGGAUCAGUGGAGUUCAUCGGCUACAGUACCCGAUACCGUAAGGACUUUGACUUCGUCCUGAGGCACCUUACUUUCAAGAUUCGUCCUGGUGAGAAAGUCGGUAUCGUGGGGCGAACAGGUGCCGGCAAGAGUUCACUGGCCUUGGCACUGUUUAGAGCUCUGGAGGCGGAGGAGGGCAAAAUCCUGAUUGAUGACAUUGAUAUCGGAUUGAUCGGGCUGCAGGAUCUGCGGGAGAACAUUGUCAUGGUACCGCAAGCAGAUCCAACCCUUUUCACUGGCACAAUCCGCAGCAAUCUCGAUCCCUUCGGCCUCUUUACCGACGAAGAAAUCUUCACCGCCCUCCGCCGCGUUCAGCUCAUCGGCGCACCAAGCUCAUCACAAGUGACCUCAGCAGCACCCACACGGCCCAGCACCCCCGGACCAGCGCUGACAGUCACCGACACCCAACCCUCGAACCUCGACGGCGUACCCGGAAUGCCGACAACCGACCUUCUCGCCGCCGGUACUGAGAACAAGAACAUUUUCCGCACGCUCACAUCCCCCGUCUCCGAGUCCGGCUCCAACCUCUCCCAAGGCCAACGCCAGCUCCUCUGCCUCGCCCGCGCGCUCCUCAAGAACCCGAAGGUGCUCCUCAUGGAUGAGGCCACGGCCUCGAUCGACUACGCCACCGAUGCCAAGAUCCAGGAGACGAUCCGCGAGAUACGGAACACGACUAUCACGAUUGCGCACAGGCUCCAGACUAUCAUCGAUUAUGAUAAGGUGCUUGUGCUGGACAAGGGCGAGGUGGUUGAGUUUGGAGAUCCGUGGGAGCUGGUUAAGAAGGAGGAGGGUACAUUUAGGGGAAUGUGCGAUAUGAGCGGGGAGUUGGAGAGUUUGGAGAGGGAGGCGAAGAAGGCGUGGGAGGGGAGGAGGUUGGUGGAUGAUAGCUAG